UUUUGGAUGCUAUAUAUUGAUACCACUUAGUAAUCUCCAUCCGCAACUAUAUUAGAGCAAAAAAUUGAAACACACCAUAUUAGAGCUUCUUGUUUGUUAUAGAACUCUCUUAAAGGUCAAACAACGACUCAUCAAAGCGUGAUAUCCAAACUAUUGGAAUCGGAGGUUUGUUUAUUGUCUCUUUUCUUCAAAGUAAGAAGUUGUUCACGAGAAGAAGAAAGAAGAUGUAGCUGCACAAGAUCAAGAAUGAAGCAUGGCUCUUCCUACACCUCCUUUACCAGAUUGGCUUGUCCAAUGGGCAACAAAGAUCUUAAAGCAAGAGCUGAACUACCUCCUGUACUUUGAAAGAAACAUUAACGAUCUAGAAGAUCAAGUUAACAAGCUCAGGCUAGAGCGACAGAAGCUGGGUGAUAGGGUUGCAGAGGAUGAAGACCGCCAUGGGAGAGAAAUAUACGAUGACGUGUCAAAAUGGUUGGACGGUGCUGAUACAAUCAUUGAUGCCUAUAAAAAGUUCGAAAAAGAAGAAGAAGAAGCCCAUGGGAAAUGUUUAGCUGGCUUUCCUCCUAAUUUGCCAGCAAGAUAUUUUCUUAGCAAAAAAUCAAUAGAAAUUAAAGGAAAAGCCGAGAGUCAGUUACAGAAGGCAAAGUUUGAUAUCAUAUCACGUAGUCGAGGGCCACCUUCAGUGGGUCUUGUUUUGUCUAAUGUUGAUUAUCAAAGCCUUCCUUCGAGAGUUACGGCCAUGGAAGAGAUCACGAAUGCUUUGAAAGACACAAGUGCUAGAAUGAUCGGUGUUCACGGGCCAUCUGGUGUGGGGAAGACCACUCUAGUCAUGGAAGCGGUUAACAGAGUUCAAAACGAUCAAGAAAAGCCGAAGCUAUUCGAUGUGGUGAUCAUGGCGAAUGUGACGAAAAGUCCAAACAUCCGAAAGAUUCAAGGGCAGAUUGCCGACAUGCUGUGGAUGAAACUUGACGAGGAAAGUGAAGAAGGAAGAGCAAGUCGAAUAAGAGAGAGAUUGAAGAAAGAGAAGGAGAGCACUCUUAUAAUCCUCGAUGAUCUUUACGGUAAAGUUGAUUUGAAUAUAUUGGGGAUUCCAUGGCAGAGUGGUGAUGGAAAGCAGAAGAAUCCAAAAGGAAAGAAGUCCCUUGGCUCAAGCACUCCUAAUGAGGAGACAAAGCAACAAGCCCUUGCAGAUGGUGUGAUGAUGAAUUCCCAGAAGGCCUCGGAUGCUUCCUCUUCUUCUUCAGCUUCAAAUUCGGUAAUAGCGUUGACAACAGAAGAGCGCUAUAAAGGGUGCAAGGUGUUGCUUAUCUCAGAGGUGAGGCAAGUGCUGAACCAAAUGGAUGUAAGGUCAAAACUAGUUGUUCCUCUGGAACUCUUGAACGAGAAGGACGCAAGGAAAUUGUUCAAUAAGAUAGCAGGAAUAGGUGACAAAAACACUGAAUUCGGAGAAUUGCCAGCUCAGAUUGUCGAAAAAUGUGAUGGAUUACCUAUGUCGUUAGUUACAACUGCGAAGGCCUUGAAAGGCCGAAGUCGGUUGGUUUGGCAGGAUACUUAUCAGAAGUUUGAAACGCAGACAAUGACAGGAACACCUGAGCAUUCUACACGGGUGAUUUACGAUCUAUUAGAAAACGAGGAGCUCAGGAUAACCUUCUUGCUUUGUGCUUGUAUGGAUAACGAUGCAUUAGUUUCAGAUCUGGUGAGAGCAUGCAUUGGAUUGGGUUUUCUUCGUGGGAUCUACACAGUGAAGGACACCAGAAGCAGAGUGCAAGUGAUGCUUAUGAAGCUCAGAGAGUCAGGGUUGUUGGCCGACAGCUAUUCAAGUGACCGUUACACGAUGCAAAACCUUGUUCGCAAUGCGGCUUUGUCGAUAGCAUUCAAGGAGAGGCACAUGCUCAUGUUGAACAAAGUAAGAGUAGAUGAAUGGCCAGAUGAUGAUGAGGUUAGAAGGUAUGUUGCUAUUUCCUUGCGGCAUUGUGAUAUCAUUGAUGCCAUUACUAAGAGAAUGACAUGUGCUAGACUUAAAAUCUUGGAAGUUAUCAAUAAUGAUCCACAAUUAAAACUUCCAAAGAAGUUCUUCGAACAAAUGGAAGAGCUCAAAGUGUUGAUCUUAACUGGCAUUAAUCUGUCACCGUCCGAUUCAUCUGUUGGUUGUUUAACCAAACUCAGAAUGCUCUGUUUGGAGCAUUGCACGCUAAGUUCAUCCAAAGAAGAAUUAAGUUUGAGUGAGGAAUUAAGCAUCAUAAAAAACCUGAAGAAUCUGAGAAUUCUUAGCUUUUCAGGGUCUAAUAUUGAUUGCUUGCCUGUUGAAUUAGGGGAUUUGUCUAAGUUGCAAACCCUAGACAUAAGUAAUUGCCCUAAACUUAGAGUCAUUCCACCCGAUGUAAUCUCACGUCUUACUUCUUUGGAGGAGUUGUACAUGAGAAAGACUCAAAUUCAAUGGCCAAAGGUUAUUAAUGGAGACGAAAAUGAUGAGAGUGAAAAUGCUAGCCUAUUAGAAUUGGGGGAGUUGAAUCAAUUGACAAAUCUUGACAUACAAAUACAGAGUGUGGACCAUCUGCCAGAGAACUUGUUCUUUGACAAGUUAUCUAGUUACAAAAUUGUCAUUGGCUCUUCGAAUGGAUAUUUGGAGAGAGAUUUCAAAAUGCCAGAAAAGCAUGAAUUGUCGAGGUUUUUGGCAAUACAUCAAAAAGGUGGCAUUCACAUUCAUUCUCAUAAGGGAAUCAAAAUGCUGUUCGAAAGAGUUGAGUAUCUUUUGCUGGGAAAACUCAACGGUGUUCAAGAUCUGUUUUAUGAGUUGAAUUUGAAAGGUUUUCCCCAUCUCAAAUAUCUAGCCAUUCAAAAUAAUCAUGAUAUCCAAUUUCUUAUUCAUCCAAAGGACAGGGAGGAGCAUCAUGAGAAGGCUUUUGAGAAACUAGAGACUCUUGAACUCCAUAAAGUGACGCAAAUAGAGGGACUAUGCUUCCAUAAAGUGACGCAAAUAGAGGGACUAUGCUUCUCUUCAUGUCUACUUUCUGAGUCCUCUUUUGCAAACUUGAAAGCCAUCAAAAUCAAUUUUUGUGAAAAAUUAAAGUAUCUCUUCUCGCGUUCUUUGCUUGAGCAUCUAACUGCUCUCGAGACAAUACAAGCUUCUGAUUGUGACUCUUUAAAGGUGAUUGUUCCUGAUGAAAGUGAGAUGCUUAAGCUCCCUAAAUUACACAAUCUGACACUACAAUCUCUAAAAAGCUUUAGUGGAUUCUAUCCCAUAUCAACAACAACAACAACAAGCACCAAAAUACUAUUUCAUGAAAAGGUUGAAGUUUCAGAAUUAGAGAGACUGGAGUUGAGGUCUAUCGAGAUAGACCAAAUAUGGAAUGACCAAAGUUCUGAUUUUGGAAAUUUAAUCCAUUUGGAUGUGAGUGGUUGUAACGAUUUGAUAUCUUUGUUGCCAUUCUCGUUGGCCAAGAAUCUCAAGAAGCUUCAAAGCCUUUAUGUUAGUGAAUGCUACCGGAUGGAGAAUAUCUUCGCUGAUGUACCCGUAAAAGUUGCUAAGGAUGCUACUUUUCCAAAUUUGAAGAAUAUAAAACUGAGCAGGAUGAGCAGUUUGAAAAAGAUAUGGAAUCUUAACGUCCCGGUUGAGAAACUGGACACACUGGUCAUUGAAAAAUGCAAUCAAUUGGUGAGUGUUUUCGGUCAUGACAUGGAGGGAAUAUUUCAAGGACUAAGCAGCUUGACAGUUACUGAUUGCAAGUCAAUGGAAACUAUAUUUGACCUAACCUGCGAUCAGAACCGAUAUGCUCGUCACUACGAAACUUUAUUGCGGGAUGUUCAUUUGGAAUCACUAGGAAAACUGGAAAGGAUAGUGAGAUGCGAGCAAGACCAAGAAGGGACACUUCAACUGAAAUCUCUGCAGAACAUAACAGUUCAUGGUUGUCGCAAGUUGGUAAAUAUAUUUCCAUUUUCCAUUGCUAAACAUCAGCUUAAAAAACUGCAACGUUUAGUUGUAUCAGAUUGCUCCAAAUUAAAGGAAAUUGUAGCAGUGCAAAAUGGUACCAGCGACAACAGCGGCAGCAGCACAUGCGAUCCUGAUAGCUUGGUGUUUCCUGAGCUAACCUCCAUUAAAUUUUCUAAGCUACCAAAGUUCAAGAAUUUCUGUCCAGAACAUUGUAAAUUGGAGUGUGAAAAAUUAGAUGAGCUGUCUAUUGAACUUUGUCGCAAGCUUGAACUAUUUGGAGAAAGCCAGCUCUUUCAUGAAACAUUUU